CACUGACAGCAGCAGCAGCAGGAGAGACCCCAGACAUGACGGGUCUGCAGCUCCUGUUCGUGGGCUGUUGCUGCAGCAUCGUGGCGCCGGCCGGCGGCUUCACAGUUGGUGGAUAUUCAUGUGUGAGUGGCUAUUGGGACACGGUCACGUGUGUCGUGAACAUCACCGGUGAUCCCGUAGGACUGCUCGACACCUACAGCCUGACAUUCAUUGAGUCAGAGGGGGUCUUUUCCUGUCCACUUGUGGUGAUGAAUCCCAGUUACAGCUGUGUCUGCAGAGUCACGAAGGACUCCGAGAAUUUAAGCAACUUUCAUCAAUAUGACAUCAAACUGUGUCAUAAAUCUGUGUGCCAGAGUGUAACGAAUGAUUUCGAGCCUUCACUGAACAUUCAGCCGACACCGCCGCAUCAACCUGAGAUCCAAGAAGCACCAGAGACGUUCAACAUCACCUGGAGAAGUGGCUAUGAAGACCAUCGGUACCUCAACAGUGACCUUGACUACGAACUCUUACUCUCUCAAAGCACUGAGACCAAAACUUCUCGUCUCCAGUCACUCGAGACGUCUGCAUCGAUUCCAAGGUCACAACUUAGUCCACGCGCUAUAUUGUGCAUCAAAGUGAGAUCCAAACCGAAUAAUAAGCGGGAUUAUGAAGGAACUUGGAGUGAAUGGAGUCCGUCGACGUGCUGGAAAAACAAAGCAGGAAAAGGAGAAUAUGAAGAUAACACGUUCGUCAUCUUGAUCAAAUCUCUGGGCCCGGUGUGCGUGGCUGUCGGCGUCACGCUGUUUGUGCUGCGCAGUCCCUCCGUGAGAAUGAAGAUAAAAACUCUGUCCCACACGCCGACGCCAGCUCCUUUCUUCCAACCUCUACUUCAACACGGAGGCAAUGUCCAGAAAUGGCUUUCACCUCAAGGCAAAAUGGUGCUAACAUACAAAACUGAGGAGAUCUUGACAACCGAUGCUGUGAUUGUUGUGCCGAGACCCGUUACAAAGGACCCAGAGGAGAGCCAGGUCUUCCACAACCCUACAGUACAGCUGGCCUUAACGCAGUGUCAAAGCUCCUAUGUGGGUUUACCGGGGCUCCACGAGGCCUCCACGCCUGUACCUAUGGUCUGUCCAGGGGAAACCUCUUACACUCCGCUCCCUUGCCCCGUCUGGGGUGUUGACAUUGAAGAGGUACAAGUCGUCUCCACUCUACCUAAAGAUUUCUUCAACAUCUGCAGGUCAGACUCUGGCUGCAGCUUUGAGGAUCCGACCCAAAGCCCAGAGUGCAGUUUACCAAACAGUCCGCCACCAUGUUUCUGUAAUGAUUACUGCAUCCUCAACAAAACUGCAGGAGGAUUUUCUCCUGUGUUGGUGUCCAAAGGAAGCAGCCCAAGCGCUCCAUCUGAUUCCCUGCAACAUGAAUAACAAAUGGUCCUGUCAGUUGGCUUGGAGGAACUGGAAUUCACUAAUCUCAAUGAUUGUAUGCAUUGCAGGGGACGGUCCUCAGCAGCUCUGCAUUCUCAUGUGCUGUAUAUUAUGCGAUAAACUACAUAUUGAGGCCGGUUGCUCCUGAAAUAAUAAGUUGAAUGCUUACUAUGUACAAUAUUUUCAGUAAUCAAUAAAGAACAAUCUCAAAAUGAUUGAACUGCAGUGAAAAGAAUAAAACUUUCAAUAAUUUCUA